AGAGGCCGAAGAAGAUGCAAGAGUGCACCACCAGGAAGGCCGAGAUCAGCUUAGGGUAGCUGCAGUCCGAGAAGAGUGCGUUCGCCGAAUGCACGAACACCAUCAGGAACUGCACCUGCGGAUCAAGCAACGCCCAGCAUCAGUCCUGCUCAACCUCCAGGGGGAUAGAAGCACCCUUGCUGACUGCGCAGCACUGCCGACAUGGAUUUGCAAAGUUGCUCCGCCGGAAACCUCUCGGAAUGUCUGCAACCAACGCCCCAAACACUAGGAGGCCUGCAGGAUGCACCUGAAGCUGGCUUCGUCGGUGCUGCCAAAAGAUACUGGCACUUAGUUUUCACCGAACUUGCAGACCCCCGCACGAAUGAUUGGCUACUCAUCAGCAGCCCCCUCCCCGGGCUCACCAUCAUCGCCUGCUAUCUCAUCUUCUGCCUCAAGGUGGGCCCCAAAUUCAUGGAAAACAGAAAGCCCUUCCAGCUGAAGAACACCCUCAUCGUCUACAACGCCCUGCAAGUCUAUGCCAGCGUCUGGCUAUUUUGGGAGGCUUGCGAAGGAGCUUGGCUCUCUACCUACAGCUGGAGGUGUCAGCCUGUCGAUCCCUCAACAUCUCCGGAGGCCAUGAGGGUGGCUAGAGGUGUCUGGAUUUACUUCAUUUUGAAAAUCACCGAGCUUCUGGACACAGUUUUCUUUGUGCUGCGCAAAAAGCAGAAUCAGAUUUCGUUCUUGCACCUGUACCACCACACUGUGAUGCCGAUGAUCUCGUGGGGCUGCACCAAGUACUACCCUGGAGGGCACGGCACCUUCAUCGGCUUCAUCAACACCUUCGUGCACAUCAUCAUGUACGCAUACUACCUGCUCUCUGCCCUCGGCCCGCAACUGCAGAAAUACUUGUGGUGGAAGAAGUACAUCACCAGAAUGCAGAUGGCGCAGUUCUGCAUGGCCUUCUUGCACAACACCCAGCUGCUGUUCUACGACUGCGGCUUCCCCAGGUGGACGGCUUUCCUGACCCUGCCCAACGCGAUUUUCUUCUACUACCUCUUCAACGACUUCUACCAGCAGGCCUACAAGGAGAAGCAGGCCAGACUGAAGGCUGCCAGUGACGCGGCGGCCGCACUUGCCAAGAACGGAGCGGCCAAAGCCAAUGGCAAAACCCGAUUGAAAGCUGAAUGAAUGUGGUGGAGUUUGUCGCCUUAAGGGCUCUAAAGAUGUAUAUACCUCCAUGAGAAUGAUUGCUGUUGAGUGAACCGACCGAUUCAUCAUCUGCAGUAUUUAAUUUGCCGCGCCGUCUGCCAAUGCCAAUGCACCAUCUCACCGGGAUGCAGAGUGAAUUUACAUUAAUAUGUAUAGCGUAACGAGAGAAUCCAACCCCCGUAGAAAGAUAGAAGGUUUCUUUGAGUUGCGGGACUUUGCCGUCUUUGUACACUCUCCUGCUCCCGUCUUCGUCAAGAUAAGAAUUUUCAAUCUGUCUUUCUGUCAUGUCCGCGCGCGUUUGCAUGUGCUUUUGGUUUCGCGUUCCGACGGCAAACUCCCGCGCGAUCAGUACUUUAGUCAUUUUGCAAGAGUUGAUGUAUCAUUGACAAAAGAUAGCUUGACACAUCUGAAAUGUGCUCAAAUGCCUUGUACCAUAAACGAAGUACUCGAGUAAGGUUUUGUAAUAUGUCGUACCUCAUCCGAACACACACAUAUGUCAUUGCUGGAAAGAGUAAUCACCCCCCGAAUUACCAGAGGGCGAGGUCGUCGAUUGCCGGCGCUCGCGCUCACCCCCCCCCAUUUAGACCGUCUUUUUUACGUUUUGCAUUUAAUUAAGAGUAAUGUGUACGGAAUCUUAUACAUUUGAAGAGUCUAAAUGUGUGCGAAUUAAUCAGAAAAGUUAAAAUUUCAAUAUUUAUACUGUGAUUAAGUAAGGCCUGUCACUUUGUUUCGUGUUGGCAUUUUUUUGUUGAUUUAUUUUCUCAAUCUAAGCCUAGACACUCACUUGAUUUUUAAAUGGGUCUUAUUUUUUAUGUGAUGUGCUUGUCAGACAACAACUCGCCUUUCCUGAAGCCACCAUUAGAUGGCAAAUCUGGUGAAAUCAAAAUCUGUCCUCUUCCAUUACAAAUCUAAGUUGUUUCUGCGCGUGAGCAGAGGGAAGAAUUAACCGAUUUUGGAUUUUCAGAUGGAAUCCGUUGAGCGGCUAGACUUUGAUUUCACAAACACUACUAACAGGCGGACGUCUCCAAAAUUAUUUUUCGAAAAUUUCUACGUAAAGAGGCAAAAGAUCGAAGAAAAUAUAAAAUUAGGAACUUAGGGAGACAAGUGGUUUUUAUUGACAAGUUUGUGGUGUUUUCUGACCGUUUAUAAUGGCACGUAUAUAUAAUUUUGCUGGCUUCUUUCAUUUCCAAAUCGAAGAGAUAUACAAAAUAUUUGUACGUGUAUAUUGUACUCAUUCUAAAAUAUAUUCGUUGAUUUUGAAAACAGUUUAUACUAUACAUCUCAUUAACGCUGUGCAUGAAAUAUAUUUAUGUCUUCGAUUUUCCAAGUUUUCGAGGAGAGAAAUAGGUAAGGCCAAGCAAGGCCUUUAUAGACGAGAGUCAUCAGUUUGCUUUAAGGUGAAUAUUUCAAUUUCACGUGCAAUGUAUUCCCACGUACGGACAUAUGAAUUUAAAUAGAGGCAAUAAAGGGACACUCUAGAAGCAAGGUAGAAGAAGCAAUAAAUUAUGUAUCUGCAAAUACAAACAGAAUUUGCAUAUCUCUAUUAAAUAAGAAGCUUUUAAAAACUAAGGAAGGAUGCCAGCAAAUGGGAAUCGAGAGACCUUUUUACUAAAAAAGGCUUUAGAUAUUAUUUUGAUGAAUCUAUCUGUAUUGUAUAUGUAUUUUGAGUGGAUAUAUAUGGGCAUUGAAAAGAGAAAACGUGUAAUUCCCUUGUUUACUCACAUAAUUUAACUUAUAUGCAUUAUACAGUACAGCAAAAUAUGAAUAUGAAUGUAUAUCUAAGUACAAUUAAAUAUAAAGUUUGUUUAAACCUCUAA